GCAAGCUGGACAACAAAAAUGGAGAUGAGGCCCAAUAUUUCAACAUUUCUAGUCGUCAUUUUUGCCAUUAUUAUUUUGUCAAAACUCGCUGAGGGCACCACAAGGCACUACAAAUUUGAUAUUAAAUUGAAAAAUGUGACCAGAUUGUGCAAAACAAAAAGUAUAUUGACCGUCAACGGGAAGUUUCCAGGGCCGAGGUUGGUUGCUCGGGAGGGCGAUCGGGUGGUCAUAAAUGUCGUUAAUCAUGUGAAGAACAAUGUGUCUAUUCAUUGGCAUGGGGUGAGGCAAUUAAGGAGUGGAUGGGCUGAUGGGCCGUCCUAUAUAACGCAAUGCCCGAUACAAACUGGUGAGAGUUAUGUGUAUAAUUUUACAAUUGUGGGACAACGGGGAACGCUUCUAUGGCACGCCCAUAUAUCGUGGCUGCGGGUCACCAUUUAUGGGGCCAUUGUAAUUCUACCCAAGCCCAGGGUUCCCUACCCGUUUGAGAAGCCAUACAAGGAGGUCACGCUUUUACUUGGAGAGUGGUUCAAUGCGGACACCGAGGCAAUCAUAUCACAGGCUCUUCAAACUGGCGGACCACCUAACAUCUCUGAUGCCUUCACCAUCAACGGAUUCCCCGGUCUCUUGUACAAUUGCUCCUCCUCCACUAAUACUUCAAAUCCAAGCGACACGUACAAGCUAAAGGUUGAACCUGGAAAGACCUACCUCCUCCGCGUCAUCAACGCCGCCCUCAACGACGAGCUUUUUUUCAGCAUCGCCGGGCAUACCCUCACCAUUGUUGAAGCAGACGCCAACUACGUAAAACCUUUCGACGCCAACACCAUCGUCAUCAGCCCUGGCCAAACCACCAACCUCCUUCUCCGCACCAAGUCAUCUACCCCCAACUCCACCUUCCUCAUCGCCAUCCGCUCCUACAACACCGGCCUAGGAGCCUUCGACAACACUACUGCAUCCGCCAUUCUCGAAUACCCCAACACCAAUCAAGCCCUCACCUUCCUCAUCAUCCCUCCUCUCCCCGCCCUCAACAACACCUUAUUCGUCACCAAUUUUACAACCCAACUCCGCAGCCUGGCAUCCAACCAAUACCCCGCCAACAUCCCGACAACAGUUGACCGUCGCUUCUUCUUCACUGUUGGUCUCGGAACGAGCCCCUGCCCAAACAACGGUACUUGUCAGGGACCCAACGGGACGAAAUUUGCGGCUUCGGUCAACAACGUUUCAUUCGCGCUCCCGUCGACAGCUUUGCUUCAGGCUUAUUUUUUCCGGAGGUCGGAAAAGGUUUAUACGACAGAUUUUCCUGCUAAUCCGCCGUUUGUUUUUAACUAUACAGGGGCGCCGCCGAAUAAUACAUUCGUGGUUAAUGCUACCAAGGUGGAGGUUUUGAAGUUUAAUACGUCGGUGGAAGUGGUGCUGCAGGAUACGAGCAUACAAGGGAUUGAGAGCCAUCCGUUGCAUCUUCAUGGGUUUAAUUUCUUUGUUGUGGGGCAGGGGUCGGGGAAUUAUGAUCCGAUGAGGGAUCCGCCUAAGUUUAAUCUUAAGGAUCCAGUGGAGCGGAAUACGUUUGGAGUGCCGUCGGGUGGAUGGGUAGCACUGCGAUUCCUCGCCGAUAACCCUGGUGUGUGGUUCAUGCAUUGCCACAUCGAAGUGCACAUGAGUUGGGGGCUAAGAAUGGCUUGGAUAGUGCUCGAUGGGGAGUUACAAAAUCAGAAACUUCCACCGCCGCCAUUGGAUCUACCAAAAUGCUGAUCUUAACCGUCCAUUCAUAUUACCGAUCAUUCCGGCUUUUUAUGCUCCGAGGACACUAUACAGCUUGGUUUUACCUAUGCUGAGUAUUUUUGUUUAAUAUUGUCUAUACGGUUUUUUGUAUCGUCAAG